UUAGGGGAGCAAUGCUGCAAAGGCUGGAGAGGAGACCGCGCGAGGGCGCCAGGGGCCUCCCUCUUGUGCCAUCGAUCGCGUCUCCCAUUCACGCCGAUCCUUCCUCUAGGUGAUUGAUCCUCUCUCCGAUGGAUGCCAGGCAAUAACGGGAGGAAAGAACCAUCGUCGCGAGCGUUCCCGGUAGCUAUCUAGGGGUUGAUUGAUUCGCGCGGCCAUGGAGAGCGUCGAGAAUGCCGCAGUGCAGCCGGAUAGGUCGAGAUCGCGAACGAGGCUCAAUCUUCCGGCGGGCAUGGCCGCGGAGAGGCUGCGAGUAGAAAUUUCCAGGGCAGUCUCGGUGCUUAAUCCGGCUGUAGCAGGAGGAGGAGGAGGAGGAUCGACGCCCUCACCGACGCGAAUGAGCUAUAGUGACCGUUUCAUUCCAAGCAGGUCCAGCUCUAACCUUGCCGGGUUUGCUCUGUUAGAUAAUUCGCCAUCUCUGGGAAGUGAUGCCUCCAAGGAAGAAGGGGUGGCAGUGUAUUCAAUGCUCUUGCGCUCUGAGCUUCUAGGAGGCGAUGCAGGGCCCCUCUCCCCUGGAACUCCCGACAAGAACAGCUUGGUCAGUGCGGGCGUGAGGGACUCGACGAAGUCUCCUCUCAGUCCCAGCAGGAACUUGCUGAGAUUCAAGAGCGAUAGCCGGGCUGCCGGGGCUCCAUGCCACAAAUCGGAGUCACUCUCUCCUGGUGCUCUGGACUUUGGGACGACUGGAGCUUCGUCCAGUCCCGUCAAGCUUCAAAGAAAAGUUUCCAGAGUCCCGUUCAAGGUUUUGGAUGCGCCAGCCUUGCAAGACGAUUUCUACUUGAACCUGGUGGAUUGGUCCGCACAUAACGUUUUGGCUGUGGGACUCGGGAACUGUGUUUAUCUGUGGAGUGCUUCGACUAGCAAGGUCACGAAACUGUGCGACUUGGGACAUGAUGACUCUGUGUGCUCAGUUGCGUGGACUCACCGUGGAACUUAUCUCGCGGUUGGAAGCAAUGCGGGAGAAGUACAGAUUUGGGAUGCAAUACGCUGUAAAAAAGUGCGAACUAUGGAGGGACACCGGACACGAGUUGGAACUCUGGCAUGGAACUCGGUGACUCUAUCUUCCGGAAGCAGGGACCGCAACAUUCUCAACCAUGAUGUCAGAGUGCCUGAGGAUUAUACGAGCAAGCUUUGUGGUCACAAAUCUGAGGUCUGUGGCUUGAAAUGGUCCUUCGACGACAGAGAACUAGCUUCCGGUGGCAACGACAAUCAGCUUUUUGUCUGGAACCAAUUGUCAACACAGCCGGUUUGCAAGUUUAGCGAGCACACAGCCGCAGUGAAGGCUAUCGCGUGGUCACCACAUCAACACGGGCUUUUAACCUCUGGUGGUGGAACAGCCGACCGAUGCAUAAGAUUCUGGAACACGUCGACGAACUCGCACAUCAAUUGUGUAGACACGGGUGGACAGGUCUGCAAUCUCAUGUGGUCGAAGAACGUGAACGAGCUCGUGAGCACCCAUGGCUACUCUCAGAACCAGAUUAUUGUGUGGAGAUAUCCGACCAUGACAAAACUUACAACACUCACGGGGCACACAUACAGAGUUUUAUACCUUUCCAUGUCUCCUGAUGGUCAAACAAUCGUCACAGGUGCCGGAGAUGAAACGCUACGAUUUUGGAACGUGUUUCCAUCACCAAAAUCUCAGAAUGCUGUCCGGGAUAGUGGGAUGUGGUCGCUUGGUAGAACGCACAUAAGAUGAGAAGAGUAAACAAAUAGAGGGCGCGUCAAACUUUUUACUGGGCAAGCUCAACGCGUUGCUCUUUCUUUGUACAUCUCCAAGCGUCUGUAACACUAAAAUACAACGUUCUUGAGUC